AUGAGUUGGACAGGGUUCAAGAAGGCUGUUUCCAGAGCAGGCACACAGGCGCUUGUGAAGAACACGGACCGUACUAGUGACAAAGACUAUGACAUUGAAGAGAGACGUUACAAGACACUCAACACAGCAGGGAAGCAGUUGGAGAAGGAGGCAAAGGGUUACUUGGACUCCAUCCGUGCAAUGACGAACUCACAGGUCCGUAUUGCAGAGGUGAUCUCCUCGCUCUAUGACGAUUCCAAGUCCAUGGGCGGGUCCAGUAACGUUGGUAACUACUAUUUGCAGUGCGUCACAGAGUUUGACAGCGAGACGGUGAAGCAGCUUGACGGGCCAUUCCGUGAAACCGUUUUGACACCAAUCACCACUUUCACGCAGUAUUUCACAGAGAUUGACGAGGCCAUCAAGAAAAGAGCACACAAGAAGGUGGACUACGAGGGCGCAAAGGCCAAGGUGCGUAGACUAGUGGAUAAGCCUGCAAAGGAUGCAGCUAAGCUUCCAAGAGCAGAGAAGGAGCUACAACUCGCAAAGGAGGUGUUUGACCAGUUGAACGACCAGCUAAAGGAGGAAUUGCCACAGUUGAUCUCCCUCAGAGUCCCUUAUUUCGACCCCUCAUUCGAGGCCCUUGUGAAGAUCCAGAUGAGAUUCUGUACAGAAGGUUACACCCGUUUGGCCCAGAUACAGAACUACCUCAACGAAGGAGACCGUGACGCCUACUCCCAAGGCUUGCUAGACGAUCGUAUGAGCCAAUUGUUGACGGAAAUGAGUCAAUUGCAAAUCACCUCCUUGGGAACUAAGUGA